GAGCUGGGUGACCUCCCUUCUCUCGGGUCCCGGUGCCACCCCCAGAGGUGCCGGUGCCACCCCGGGUCCAGUGACGUCACACGGGGCGUGUCCCUGCGCCCCCAGCAGCGUGACUCCCUCAGCGUGGGCGUGGUCCUUCCGGUGACGUCACCGCCCGGUUGCCCCCCAGGACCGCUUCUCCUGCUGCGGGGUGUGACGUCACAUCAAAGCUGUCACCGAGGGGGUGCGGGGAGUGACCGGGGGCGUGGUCGUGUGGAUGACGUCACACGGGGGGGUGUAUCCCUGUAAGAGUUUGCUACACCACGUGGAGAGGGGAACGCGUGUCUGCGUGACGUAACCGCCGAGGGCGUGGCCUUUUACUUCUGAGGCGUGGCCAGAUUGUCCCUCCGUGUGUGACGUCACAUCUGGGCGUGACCUCAUCGAACCCUCCAGGGCGUGCCCGUAGUGACGUCACCCUCGGCGGGGGGGGGCGUGGCCGCGCGGCGGCCGUUCGCCGAGGGGGCGUGCCCUCCGCGCGUGACGUCACCGCGCGGGCGCGUCCGCCCGUGCGUGACGCUCCCGCCAGUGCCCAACAUGGCGGCGGGCGGCGGCGGCGGCGGCUGUGGGGGGAGCCCGCUCUCGCCGGGCCCGUUCCUGCCGCCGCUGCUGCUGCUGCUGCUGGCGCUGCCCGGCGGCGCCGUUCCCGCGGCCGACACCGUAGUGCUGGGGCUGCGCCUGGAGGAGAGCACCAAACCGGCGGCGGCGGCGGCGGCACCGGCGGGGGCGGCCGAGCGCGGGCCCAUCCGCCUGACGGAAGGCAGCGAGGCCUUGCUGCGGCUCUACGGGCUGGGGCUGGGCCCCGGCGCCGCCGAGCGCGUGGCCUUCGCCGAGCUGCGGCCGGGCGGCAACGCCUCGAGCGGCAACGCCACGUGCCAGGAGCGCUCGCAGGACCUGGUGGUGCGGCCCGGGCCCGCCGAGCCCCGCGACACCUCGGCCCUGCUCCGGGUGCGGGUGCAGCCGCUGCGCAAGGACGAGAGGGCCAAGACCUACGUGCUGUGCUCGCAGCGCCGGCCCGGCCAGCCCUGGCUGCCGCACCAAGGGCCCGACGGGCACGUGGUGGUGCUGGAGGAGAAGAAGUCGCUGCUGCCGCUGUGGUUGCAGGUGAUUCUGAUCGCGGGCUUGUUGGUGCUGUCGGGGAUGUUCAGCGGGCUCAAUUUGGGGCUGAUGGCGUUGGAUCCCAUGGAGCUGAGGAUCGUGCAGAACUGCGGCACCGAUAAGGAGAAGCGUUACGCCCGCAGGAUCGAGCCCAUCCGCAGGAAGGGGAACUACCUGCUCUGCUCGCUGCUGCUGGGCAACGUGCUGGUCAACACCACGCUGACCAUCCUGCUGGACGACCUCAUCGGCUCCGGCGUCGGCGCCGUGGUGGCCUCCACCAUCGGCAUCGUCAUCUUCGGCGAGAUCGUGCCGCAGGCGCUGUGCUCGCGGCACGGGCUGGCCGUGGGCGCCAACACCAUCGUGGUCACCAAGUUCUUCAUGCUGGUCACCUUCCCGCUGUCCUACCCCAUCAGCAAGCUGCUGGACUGCGUCCUGGGCCAGGAGAUCGGCACCGUCUACAACCGGGAGAAGCUGGUGGAGAUGCUGAAGGUGACGGAGCCCUACAACGACCUGGUGAGGGAGGAGCUCAACAUGAUCCAGGGAGCGCUGGAGCUGCGCACCAAGACGGUGGAGGACGUGAUGACCCCGCUGCAGAACUGCUUCAUGAUCAACAGCGACGCCAUCCUGGACUUCAACACCAUGUCGGAGAUCAUGGAGAGCGGCUACACGCGCAUCCCGGUCUACGAGGACGAGAGGUCCAACAUCAUGGACAUCCUCUACGUCAAGGACCUGGCCUUCGUGGACCCCGACGACUGCACGCCCCUCAAGACCAUCACCAAGUUCUACAACCACCCCGUGCACGUGGUGUUCCACGACACCAAGCUGGACGCCAUGCUGGAGGAGUUCAAGAAGGGGAAGUCCCACCUGGCCAUCGUGCAGAAGGUGAACAACGAGGGCGAGGGCGACCCCUUCUACGAGGUGCUGGGGCUGGUGACGCUCGAGGACGUCAUCGAGGAGAUCAUCAAGUCGGAGAUCCUGGACGAGUCCGACACCUACAUUGACAACCGCAGCAGGAAGAGGGUGUGCAACCAGAAGAACCGACGGGACUUCUCGGCCUUCAAGGACCCCGACAACGAGCUGAAGGUCAAGGUGUCACCUCAGCUCCUGCUGGCCGCCCACCGCUUCCUGUCCACCGAGGUGACCCUCUUCACCCCCAACUUCAUCUCGGAGAAGAUCCUGCUGCGGCUCCUCAAAUACUCCGACGUCAUCCAGGAGCUCAAGUUCGACGAGGAGAACAAGAAAUCCCCGCGGCACUUCCUGUACAGCAAGAACAAACCGGCCGACUACUUCAUCCUCAUCCUGCAGGGCAAGGUGGAGGUGGAGGCUGGCAAGGAGUGCAUGAAGUUCGAGGCAGGAGCCUUUUCCUACUACGGGGUGAUGGCCCUGAGUCCUCCUCCUGGAUCUGAGAUCCGUUCCCCGUCCCACAUGAGCGGCCUGAACCGCUCGGCCUCGCUGAGCUACCACGAGCGCUCGGACUCGGGCUCGUCGCCGGUGAGCGGCAGCAACAACCAGCUCAACGCCGGCGGCGCCCAGUACGUGGCCGACUUCAGCGUCCGCGCCCUCACCGACCUCCAGUUCGUCAAGAUCACGCGGCAGGAGUACCAGAACGGGCUGCUGGCCUCGCGCAUGGACAGUUGUCCCCAGUCCCCCGACAGCGCCGCCCCCAAAGCCGACCCGGCCAUCCCGGAGAAGCCGGAGCCGCCGGCGCCGGCCGACGAAACCACGAGUUUGCUCAACGAGAGGAACUGCCUGAGCCGCCGGAGCAACCACAGUGGCCUGGAGAACUCCAUCUGACCCCGGCCGCGCCGGCGCGCUGCGGCGUGCCCGGCGUGCCCGGUGCAGGGACCUUUUCCCGGUAGGAUGAGCCGGUGGAGGAUGAGGAUGAGGAGGAGGAGGAGGAGGAGGCGUGGUGGGGAUGGAGGAGCUGGGAGUGGCUGCUGCUGUUCCAGGCCGGCUCCAUCGGUUUGGGAUGGACGGAGCGGCGCCGGCACUGCCGGCACGGCGCCGACGGCUCAGGGAGCUUCGGGUCUCGGUUUGCCGUGGGGACCCUGGGGAUGGAAAUCCCAACCAUGCCAGGAGAUCUGGGAUGGACAUCCCAACCAUGCCAGGAGAUCUGGGAUGGACAUCCCAACCCUGCCAGGAGAUCUGGGAUGGACAUCCCAACCAUGGCAGGAGAUCUGGGAUGGACAUCCCAGCCAUGCCAGGAGAUCUGGGAUGGACAUCCCAACCCUGCCAGGAGAUCUGGGAUGGACAUCCCAGCCAUGGCAGGAGAUCUGGGAUGGACAUCCCAACCCUUCCGGGAGAUCUGGGAUGGACAUCCCAACCAUGGCAGAGUCCAUCCCAAUCCUUCUAGGAACCCCAACCCUGCCAGAAACCCCAGGAUGGAAAUCCCAGCCUUUCCAGGAAAUCUGGGAUGGACACCUCAGUCCUUCCAGGGUCCAUCCCAACCUUUCAGGGACCCCAGGAUGGACACCUCAAUCCUUCCAGGACCCUCAGGACGGACAUCCCCACCGUGCCAGAGUCCAUCCCAAUCCUCUAGGAACCCCAGCCCUUCCAGGAAUCCCAGAAUGGACAUCCCAACCCUGCCAGGACCCUCGGGACCCCUGGGAUGGACAUCCCAGCCCUGCCAGGAUCCAUCCCAACCCUGCCAGGAUCCAUCCCAACCCUGCCAGGAUCCAUCCCAACCCUGCCAGGACCCUCAGGAUGGACACCCCAAACCUUUGGGAUCCUUGGGAUGGCAAUUCCGUCCCUUUGGGGUCUUCUUCACCAUUUUGGGGUGAGAAUUCCAAACAUUUGGGAUCUCCUGCACCAUUUUGGGAUGGGAAUUCCAUCCAUUUAGCUUCUCCUACCCAUCCUGGCAUGGGAUUUCCAUCCCUUUGGGAUCUCCUUCACCAUUUUGGGACAGCAAUUCCAUCCCUUUGGGAUCUUCUACCCAUCCUGGGAUGAGAAUUCCAUCCCUUUGGGGUCUCCUCAGCCCUCUGGGGUCUCCCCCACCAUUUUGGGAUGUCCUGGGAUGGGAAUCCUGACCCCGUUCUGGUGGUUUUGGGGUCUCCUGGAUGAAUCCCAGCCCCUUCCCCGCUGGCCCGGGGAUUUUGAGGUCUGGAUUUUGGGGUCUGACUUUGAGAUCUGGAUUUUGGGAUCAGGACUUUGGGUCUGGGCUUUGUAGGGUCUGACUUUGGGGUCCGGAUUUUUGGGUCUGGAUUUUCGGGUCUGACUUUGGGGUCUGGUUUUUGGGGUGACACAGCGCUAGUGACCAAAGUUGUACAGGCAGGAGGGGGCUGAGGGUCCCCCCAAAACCCCCCUGGGGUUGUUUGGGGUCAGAGCCUGACCCCAAAGAAACAAAAAUAAGCACAAAAGUUCCCCCUGGGUGAACUCCUGUAAGUUAUUGGGAGAAGGUUGAAUUAUUUUUGUUAAUCACAUCUCGACGAUCAGUUCCUAGCUCCUUCCGCGGGGAGAUUUUAGAAAUAAUAAUAAUAAUUAAUUAAUAAUAAUAAUUAAUAAUUAAUAAUAAGCCAGAAGAAAAAAAAAAAAAACAAAAAAAACUUUUUUAUUAAAUCUUCCUCUAUGCAAA